AUGCGUCAUCGGGUGGCGACGGGUUUACGGCUGUCGUGCUCCCCCAUAUCCGCCAUCAUGAAAGCCGCGGAGUUGGUGGGAGAGCAAAAGGCGCCGAUGGAGGGAGAGCGGCAGGAAGAGGCAGAGCUGGAUGCAGAGGCGGCGGAGGAGCAGGAAGAGUCCGAGGAGGCGGCCUGCAACAGCAGCAAGAAGAAGAAGGUAGUGCCGGGAAUUGUGUACCUGGGACACGUCCCGCCGCGAUUCCGUCCCUUGCACGUCCGCAACCUGCUCAGCGCCUACGGCGAAGUGGGACGCGUGUUCUUCCAGGCCGAGGACCGCUUUGUGAGACGCAAAAAGAAGGCAGCGGCGGCCGCAGGAGGAAAGGCGGCUAAAUACAGCAAGGACUAUACAGAAGGCUGGGUGGAAUUCCGUGACAAGCGCAUAGCCAAGCGAGUGGCAGCCAGUCUACAUAACACGCCCAUGGGUGCCCGCAGGCGCAGUCCCUUCCGUUAUGACCUGUGGAACCUCAAGUAUUUGCAUCGUUUUACAUGGUCCCACCUCAGCGAACACCUUGCCUUUGAGCGCCAGGUACGAAGGCAGCGCCUAAGAGCAGAGGUUUCCCAAGCAAAGCGAGAGACUGACUUCUAUCUUCAAAGUGUAGAACGGGGACAACGCUUCCUUGCAGCUGAUGGGGAUGCUACUCGCCCUAAUAGCUCCUGGACAUUUGCACAACGUCCCACAGAGCAGGAGUUGAGGGCCCGGAAGGCAGCACGGCAGGGAGGGCGGGAACGAGCUCGCCUGGCUCACGCCCAGGACCAGGCCAAAUCCAACAGAGGGCUCCUUGCCAGGAUCUUUGGAGCCCCUCCACCUGCAGAGAGCAAGGAAGAAUCAUAACCAGCAAGGGACUCCUGGUGGAAAAAGAAGCUGCUUGUAGUUACCAGCUCCGCUCUCUUCAGGUCUGCCUCCCGCAGAGUGUAACCGAGUGUCAGUCCAGGCAGAUGUUUUCAUGUUUUCUCUCUAUUCCACAGAUCAAGAGUUUGGUAAAAGACUUUUUUUCCCCCUUGGCCUCUUUUACCCACCAUGAUCAAAUCCUGUUACGUUCCCAGCUGAGAACUUAGGCUUACUAUCCAAGAUGAUUACUGCUGGAGGAGCCAAUUGUAUUUUGUUUGACUUCUGGUUGCCUGCCUUUCUCAGUGUGCUCCUAACGGUUUCUGGCUCCAGGAGUGGAUUUCCCUUCUACUAGAGCAGCAAUGACACACCCAUGUGGUCUAUGAUGUUCAUCCACUGUGGUGGGGGCAGAAUUAACAGGAAUUGGGUUAGUGGCCCAAUUUGAAGUUUUUGUUUGAAAAUAAAAAAGAAUUGUUAUACACGUUUUAGUUUUCAGGUGGGAAUCAUUGAGUUUCAGUUUCUUUUGAAGCGAAGCGUACUACUCAGUUAUUGUAGCAGAUAUGUUCCCAGUGCUCCUCAUACCUUUUUCAAGUGUCCAGGCUAGCCUUGAGGUUAUUCUGUAAGUUGCUCAAGUAAGCCCUGAACUUGAAAUCCUGUCUCAGCCUCCCAAAUAACUGGGAUUAUAGGUUUGUGUCAGCCAACCUAGUUUCAAUGUUCUUAAAUAAAUAAACAAGUAAUUUCUUUGUUCAAUAAAUUUCUUAUCUUGAAAAGAUGUGUACAAGCUGUCAUGAACCCUGUCUCUUAAAAUACUCAUUUUGGUUCAUGUCUUACGUACAAAAGUUGCAUGUGUGUUAAGAAAUUUGCUACUAGAUCUAAGGCAAAAAAAAAAAGACUUUGCCAGUGUAUAAGCUCUUCAUGGAUCCAUUCCACCUGCCUUUGCAGUCACUGUUCCGUAUCUCCAUUCCCCUUCCCUCAGUCCAUCCCUCACUGUGGUUCUAUCACAUAUACUACCUUCUUCAGCAAAUUCUGAAGUUCUUUUCCAAUAGCCUGACACCCUGGCCCCUCAUUCCCUUCCCUACAAGCUCAGGUGCGUUCUUUGAGAUCAAGUCAAACAGCAUGUCAGCUGUCUGCCCCACCUAAAAUGGGUGCUCUGUGGGGUUGAUAUUUGCUUCUCCGGUGUUAUCAGGAAUGAAGAUCGAACUUUAUCUUUGACUCCUUAUGGUUUCAGUUUGUUUGGCAAUAAAAAUUCACUAACUCUUUGA